AUGGAACAGCUCAUUAAGACUUUCGAGCCCGAAUUUCACAAAAACUACCUCCUAUACGUACUAAACAAAAAACUACCAUCAUCCCAGAAUUCCAUGGACACUAACAGAUCCGUACUCAUGUAUUUCGCUUUAUCCGGCCUCGACAUCCUAGGAGAAAUCGAAAACCUGCCCAAAGAAAGGAAACGCUCCAUCAUCAAAUGGAUUUACUCCUUGCAAAUCGUCAAUAAAGAAGAGCUAGUGAGCGGCUUCCAGGGCUCCCCUACACUAAACACGCGCACCAAUAAAACCGGCAACACAAGCUACAAGUGGUCUCAUGUCGCAAACACCUACGCUUGCUUGUCUUCCCUAUUAAUCCUUGGAGAUGAUUUGAGUCGAGUCAACAAACAGGCCAUACUAGAAAGUUUAGAGACUCUACAAUUGCCCGAUGGGUCUUUCAAAGGUGCCAAAGAAGGCGUUGAAAACGAUAUGAGAUUCGUGUACUGUGCGGCUUGUAUUUGCUACAUUUUAGACGAUUGGAGUGCGAUUAAUAUCGAACGAAUGAUUGAAUUUAUCCUAAACAGUAUCUCGUACGAUGGGGGUAUAGGGCAAGGCCCCGAAUUGGAGUCCCAUUGCGGGUCGACGUUCUGCGCCAUAGCCAGCUUGGCUUUGAGCAACAAUCUAGACAGAUUAACCAAGGCGCAAUUCGUGGCGUUAAGGAGAUGGCUGUUGUUCAGGUUCGAUCGAGGCUUCAACGGGAGGCCCAACAAACCCGUGGACACUUGUUACUCCUUUUGGACGGGCGGGGCUUUGAAGAUAUUGGACUCGUACGAUUUUAUACACGAUCAAUUCAACGCGCAAUUCGUCUUAUUGACUCAGGAUAGAUACGGAGGCUUCUCGAAAUGGGUGAACAUCGUUCCUGAUCCGAUGCACACUUGCCUGGGAUUGGCCGGGCUCAGUCUGAUGGAGUUCGAUGGAUUGGAAGAGAUGAAUUAUGAACUGAUGCUGACCAAAAGGACGUUCGAGCAUUUGAGAAGGGUUCAAGAGAAAAUGAAGUGA